AUGCAAGCUUUAGAAGCAAAAUUUACAAAACCUGACUUUGAGCCUAUUCCAAUAACAAAAAAUGACUCUCAGAAGUCAACAUUUGGUUUCUCAUUUGGUAAAUGUCUUGAGAAAGUCCCAAAUGAAGUUUUUGCAACUGCCGAGAAGACAAUAACAUCUAAAACUUACAACGACUGGCGCCAGGAUUUUUUGAAGGAUGGAUACGCCAUAUUGAAAGGAGCAAUUUCUCCUGAAAAAUCCAAGGAAUAUCAAAAUAGAGCAUUCAAUUGGGUUACGUCAUUCGGUACUGAGUUAGAUAUUUCAAAAGCAGAGACUUGGAAGGAAGAAAACAUUCCCGCACAGACAGAUUUUAACGUAUUUUGCAGCAAUGCUAUUGCACACGAAGAAUUCAUGUGGGACAUCAGAUGUGAAGAGGGGGUCAUAAAGCCAUUCAGGGAUAUCUAUGGAACGGAUGAGUUACUCGUGUCGUUUGAUUCUCUAAAUAUUACGUUCCCACGAGCUGAUAAGAAACCUAAGGAAAAAUGGCUUCAUGUGGACCAGUCGCCUUUCAAAACUGGGCUUCAGUGUAUACAAGGCAUCGUCGCAUUAAGUAAUCACGGUCCGAAUGAUGGUGGGCUUGUUGUAUACAAAGGAUCUCACAAGUAUUUUGAAGAGUUUUUCAAUACUCAAGUAGACCAUGACAAUUGGGAUACUUUAGAUUAUUAUGGAUUCUCCAAUGAGCAAGCGCAAUUCUUUUUGAAUCGUGGAUGUGAGGAAGUUAAGGUUUGUUGUGAGCCAGGGGAUGUUAUUUUGUGGGACUCUAGGACAUGUCACUGGGGACAAGAACCGUGUCCCAAUAGUAAACAAAUUAGAACAGUUGUCUACGUUUCCUACAGUCCAAGGUACUUUGCAACAUCUGAAAGUAUUGAACAUAAAAAAAAGGCGUUCCAAAUGUGGUCAAAUACUACUCAUUGGCCUCAUGACAAUAUUAUUUACAAGUCAAACGCAGUUUUAAGGGAAGAUGGAUCGAUUGAUCCAAAAAGUAGGUUUAAACCCACAUGUUUGCCAAAAAUGGAUAAAAGAAUGCUUCAACUUGCCGGUCUCAUUCCUUAUGGAAACCAAGCUUAA